AUGAUCAUUCCCGGUAAUCGACGGGUCUUCCAACACCUUGCUUUCUUCCGCGUUUUGGCUGACAAUUUCUUGGGAUCAACCGACAGGUUCUACCAGAUAACUCGAAGCCUUGUGCCUGGUGGAAUCGCAGCGACCGCGUGGCUGGCAAGUCGGUGCAAGGUCGUGAAAUGGCUGAUGAUACUUGAGGGAAAGGGGACAGAGGGCAUGGCGCUGGUAGGAUGUCGGGUGGCACUGUGUGAUUUACUUCGUGAGAGGGCCCGGGAGGGAUUAAGGCACCUUCGAAUAUCGGCAGUGCAGGAAGCCCUUCAAUCGGGGGAUUCAACUCCCCCAAAUAACCCACUACACCUUUUCAAACAAUUGGCGAAGAAGACUAAACAUAUCUGGGAUGGGCAGGGCACCCAUCCACCCUUCGACUUCACCACAGCCCAGGAGUCGAUACUCGCUCCCUAUCCCUUUGCGCGGGACGAGCUCAAAUCGCUUCUGUGGGUGUUCAACGUGGUCGACUGGGAGUGGAGGCGAGGCCUCCCUGGAUGGGUGAUAACCCUUGGGCAGGAGAGGAAGGAUGAGGAUCUUCAAGACUUUCAAGCCUUCUUCAAGACUUUCAAAUGGGCGCUCGUCGACUAUGCAUCUUUCCCGACGGAGAUAUUCCAGAUCUCAUUGUGGAAUCGACUUGGAAUUUAUUUGGGCUCGAAGACUGCGGGGGAUCCUGGGGAAGUGUUCGUCUCGCAAGUGGUUGGGCCUGUCGCCUUUGAGGCGUCUUGGUGCACCCUCUUUCGGUCCGCGAUACCCGUUCGUGAAUAUCUCCCGUCAGUUUCUUCGCCUGCAGCGCAGCGAGACCUUCACGACAUGACAGUCUGCUUGAGUUCUGCCCUGGCCACCGAUGACGGUCUUUCAGCUCUUGAGAGGAGACUAUCUGAGGUGUUCCGACGAGCUGACCGCGCGAAGUGCCGUUGA